AUGGCUCUUGGUUCCAAACCCGACCCAACUCGCGCAAUGUCGCCUACCUCGAUGGCUAGCACCACUGGGAGUGGAGGGAGCAAGCGUCCGAAGAAAGCCAUCGACCCGGCCAGGGUGACGAUGCUUCUCAACGGCCUGGGGCCCCAGACCUCAGUGGGGCCCACGAGUCCCAGUCCCUCGAUCACCUCGUUCCGCUCCAAUGAGUCCGCGCAAAACUAUCCGCCGUCCGUCACGAGUAAGGAAUCGUCGAAUUCAAGCAACGGUAAAACCAGCAGCCAACGAGUGAGAGUCGUUGGUCUUGAUGGUAGUGGUUCACGACCUCGCUCUUUCAGUGGUUCUUCCACAGUGAUUGCUACCAAGGACAAUGAACCGAAGAAACCCCAGGACACGUCGUUGUCGACCCUCGACCUUCCUUCGACGAACCAGGUUUCCGAGUCUCGUCCCACCACCAAUACGCUCCUCACCUCCUCCACCUCCUCUUCCGAUGUCAAGCAGCCCCAUCCUCUUACACGCAAGGGUUCCAGACUAAGACUCAUUGGCGAGAAGCUACCUUGGAGACGCCGCAAGCAUCAGCGAACUGACACCGCGAGUACAUCCAUCUCGACUAGCGACUUCUCCCUGUCACACGACGAUUCGAUGAGUACCACAGAGUCCCCACUUCGAACGCCCACGUCUUCGAUAUUCCCCACAUUCAUAAACCCCGAUGAGAAUCAAGUCGACCUCAUGGAUCCCAUAGACUCGGAUUCCGAGGACGCCACACCACCCUCAUCGCCGAGACGGAAAGGCGGGAACGUGUCGAAACUUGCGAAGUUCAUGGGUGCGGACCUUUCACCGAGUUUCACCCCCAUCACGACAUCUCCAAACGCGCGUCGGUUACCAAAAAUCACCACCGAACUCCAUCCAAAGGACGCCGCAGCACCGCCUGAAGAGUCCGACCUCGCCGACGGCGCCUGCACGACAACAUCGGGAGCACAUCUUACACCCUCAGACCUCCGGGGAUCAGUGUCAACGCUGGGUGACAUACACCGUUUCGACCCAAAUGAUGAAUUCUCGUCAUGGGGAGAGAUAAGGGAUAGCUGGGGGGUGUCUACGCCGUCACCGAUUACAUUCAGUCCUCCAACCCCCAUCGCCACGAGACCCGUCCAGACACAGGAAUCCCCCACCGACUCCAGUGAUAACGAUAGGCUAUCACCUGUUGAUGAGUCGUCUGACCAGGAACGUGGACCUGCGGAUGACAUAGUAGAUGAUGGUGAAACGCGUCCUCCAUCUCGAUCUGACACGCCUUCUAGCGAACCCAGGUCUCCAACGCCUACCCUGAAAAGUCACAGUGUGCCGCCUGAAGCCACGGACGCUCGUUCAGAGACUCCGCAGUUCACUCCCCGUCACCUGCGCAGGGGUUCGAUGAUGUCGUUCAUGUCGACGUCUGACACGUACACUGGUGCUAGACCCGAGACACCAUUCGGGCUGGGCUGCGGCUUUGGCGCGGAGAGCAACACGUCCAUUAACAAGCCUCAUUUUGGAGACGAAGAUAUCAUUAUCGUCGCGAGGAGUACACCGGAGCCGUCGAUGAAACUUUGGACGGGAGAGUGGAACAGCGAUCUGUCAGAUGUUAUCAAUGCUCUGCGCAGAUUGUAA